UUCAUCCUAAAUCCUAAAAGCCACGAUAAUCUUAAUAAGAAUCAUAAUAGUGUAGUGUGUGGUUCUUCCUGCCCCCAUUCAUAACUAUGAACUGUUUUUCAUAUCUUCUAAACACAAAUUUCCAUUAUAUAAAAUAUUUGUACAGUAUCACAGUUAAAGCUUUUCCCCUUUUUAAUUGUAUAAAUCUUGCUUUCUCUACUUUAAGGCGUUUUGCAGGGUGCUUGUGUUGACUCCAGACUUGUUUCACCUCCUGGUGAUGCCAUCCUAUUUGCCUGCUCAUGUUACAUGUAUGACUGUAGUUAUCUGAGGGGCCCUCUGGGGUACAGCAUGUGCUUUGAGAAUCCACAACAUCCCCCUUCAGAAGAGACCAGCUUACUUUUGGACCGGACAUAAUUACCUCUUGGCUCAACUCUAAUGUGUUUCUAAUGUGUGUUUGUCAGUGUGACAGACUAGCCCUUCAAAACAUGCGCGAGAGUGUCUGUAAGUGUGUAGUGUUCACUGUUGUCUGAAUGCCUGUAGAUGUGUGUGUGUCGUUGUGUGCCUUUGUCUGUGUGUCGCUCUGCGUUUGCCUGUUGUUGUCUUUGCUCCCUGGUCUGAUCGCGCAGACAGCUGACAGUCCGUGUCCUGUACUUGCACAGCAUAAGCUGAAGUCUUCACAGAGGGACAAGGUACGGCAGUUCAUGUCCUUCACACAGGCUGGGGAGAAGACAGCUGUGUACUGCCUCACGCAAAAUGACUGGAAACUAGAAGUUGCUACUGACAACUACUUUCAGAAUCCAGAUCUUUACUGUAAGGAAUCCAUGAAAACCUCAGUAGACCGGAAAAGGCUGGAGCAGCUCUACAAUCGCUACAAAGAUCCACAGGAUGAGAAUAAAAUUGGUAUUGAUGGGAUCCAGCAGUUUUGUGAUGACCUCUCCCUGGAUCCAGCCAGCAUCACUGUGUUGGUCGUCGCGUGGAAGUUUCGUGCUGCCACUCAGUGCGAGUUCACCAAGAAGGAGUUUCUGGAUGGAAUGACAGAGUUGGGGUGUGACAGCCCAGAGAAGCUGAAGGCCCUUUUGCCGAGAUUAGAACAGGAGCUAAAAGAUAGUGGGAAGUUCAAGGACUUCUACCAGUUCACCUUUAACUUUGCCAAAAACCCAGGACAGAAGGGUCUAGACCUGGAAAUGGCUGUGGCCUACUGGAACCUGGUGCUGUCAGGACGAUUUAAGUUCCUCGAUCUUUGGAACAGAUUCCUUUUGGAACACCAUAAACGAUCCAUCCCUAAAGACACAUGGAACCUAUUGUUGGACUUUGGGAACAUGAUCGCCGAUGACAUGUCAAAUUAUGACGAGGAAGGAGCUUGGCCCGUCCUUAUAGAUGAUUUUGUGGAAUUUGCUCGACCAAUUGUAACAGGAUCGAAACGCAAAACUCUCUAAAUUCAAUCCCAAGUCUGGAAAGCCAGAACGUUUCUUUUACAGUGACUUUAUAGUUUUUUUUAAGACUUGUACAAAAAAAGUGAAAAUCAUAGACUUCAGCAAGAAAACAGAAGCACUUAAAACUGUCAGGACACCACCUUUCAGGGAGCGGAGUGAAGAUGACAACAACUGACCACAUCCUUAUUGCGUCCUCUUGAGACUGAGGCGUCACAUGGACAUGGUCAGAUUCACCUGUCUCUCCUGCUGGAUUCUCACUAUCCAGGACGACCCUCUGCUCGCGGCCGAGCAUCACCUGUCAGGCUAAGCCCUGUACGCAGGGGCGACCACACUGGCUGCGUGUGCUCGAAAUGGACUGCCGAGAAGAAAGCGGUGUGUUUUCAGAUUCUUCCUAGUCGGCUUUGUUUUGUUACAUGAAGCUCUGAAUGACUGUGCAAAGUCCCCUUGUCUUACUCUAACUUUGGGACAAAGUGCUUACUACACCAGCACCAACACAACUGUUGCAGUUUUUACUGUACAUACUGUAUCUAUUGGGACAGUUUACAAAGAGAGCUAUAUGAAGAAUAAUAUAAAUAUGUUCAAUUUAUAAAUGCAAAAGAUUUCUUUUAUGUACAGGAAAUGCUAGAUCUCUAACGGGAUGCCUCAGUAUUGUGAUACGAUGAUAUGCUGUUGGUUUAAUUGUUAGGUGGAUUUUGUCAAGUCAUGGAAUUGUGAGCUUCUCACUGAAAGCAUGUUAAACACAUUUACUUCACUUCAGGCUGGUUUCACCAAUACAUUGUCACUAAUGUAAAGGCACUGCUUUGAUUUAGUUCAUUUUAAUUGAGGUAUGAUAUUGGUUUAACUUAUUCAUUUUUCUGAGUAACAUCUGUAUGGUGUGGAUCACAUCCGAAGCAACAUGAAUUUAAUUUAGGAGAUGGAAUGGUUGGUUCUAAUCAGAUGAUCCUUCGUAUCAGCGGACGUUUAAAGUAUGGGGACUAACAGGCUGUUAAAUUGCAUGGCACAUAUCUGUUUGUUAUGGCGGCGCAAAACCCUUGGUUCAAGGGUCGGACACUACAGACGACAGCAGCAGGACGACAAAGUAAGCCUUAAAAAUAAAUACCUGUCUCUUCAGUAUUUAUGUUUCUGUUCAACCCAUCUGUUCAGUGUUGCUGAAGGUACUGUAGUGACAAUUAGAACAUACUGUAAGUAGUCUAAGUAUAUUGUUCAUUUAAGAAUGAUGAAUAAAGCAUGAGUUUUUCCAUUA